CACCUCAGGGGAGCAGCAAGACCAUGGCUGACUGCAACAGACAGAGGACAACAAGGGAUCUGGGACCCAGAGUUCAGGGGGCUGCAGGAUACCAAAAAUGAUCUCUAAGCCAGAAAGCAGCCUCUCUGGGCAAGAAAGUAGCCAAGAGGUCCAGAAAAAGACGUGGAACCCCAGGAAUUAUUCAGCAAGACUCACGGAAAACAUUGGACUCCCUCUGAUACUGCUUGAAAAACACAACCCUUGGCCAGCCUAUGUCACUUACAUCUCCCCAGCAGUAACCCGAAUCACCGAAAAAGGCUGGGCCAGGGAUCUGGAGUACAUUUAUGCUGCUGAGAAAAAUGGCAAGCCAAUAAGGCCUAGCAAACCUAGUGCCAUGCUGCUGAAGAGGAAGAAGCUGUCCAAGCCCUCAGAACUCGUGCUGAAAGAGACCCUGUCAGAGACCAUGCUACCUGUGUGGGAAUGCUCCACCACGUAUGUGAGUCCAACAUUUGUCCCAGAACCUGCACAACUCCAAAUGGAUGCCAGAGAGGGGCCCACAGCAAACUACAACAAGAUCAUUUUCUCCAAGAGGCCUGUGAUGAGCAAACUUCCAUUUGGCUUACUACAGGCCAGCAAGGAGACGCAUACCAAAGUUUAGCAAAGAGCCCUGUAGCCAUCGCCUGAGAAUGACAACAGUUACUCUCCAUUUGCUACAAAUUACAUCAUGUCCUGGAAACU